AUGUAUGUAAGCUAUAUAAAGAAUAAUGGUACACAAGUUAAAGUUCCAUUAGACAACAACUGCUACUUAAACUUAUAUGGAGAUGAACAAAAUAAAUAUUUCCGAGUUUAUGAAAUGACAGAUAUGACAUUGCCUGACCCAGCUCCAGCACCAUAUUAUUAUGACUAUGGUGCUGACGACAAAACACCACAUGUAGACCCAAAAAAGCAAACAUUAUAUUUAGAAUAUUAUAGAUAUAAAAGAUAUAAUGCAAUAGAAAAAACGAGAAUAGUAUACUAUUAUGAAGAUGACAGAAAUAAAUAUUAUAGUCAAGACUUUACCUACCCUGAAAACAUAAGAUUAUAUUAUAAAAAAUAUUCUGACACAAACCAGAAGAAACCUGAAAUAGUUGCACUAUAUUUUAAGUUCAAAAGAGACAAUCCUAUAAUGUCUCAUAUGUUUGAUUUAAUGAACCCAGUAGGUUCUAUUUAUACAUCUAUGGAUGUGAGAGGUCCUCAAGUAAUGUUUGGUGUUGGUGCAUGGGAACAAAUAGUCGACAGGUUUUUGUAUUGUGCAAACUCUUCAAAGGAAACAGGUGGAAGUAAAACGAUUUCAGGUGAAAAUUUACCUGCACACAGUCACUACAUAGAUUUAAGUACAUCUCAAGCAGGUUGGCAUAAGCAUAGAUAUUGGGAUUGGUCAGGAAUGACAAAAGGUAAAGGAUAUGAUGUUAAAGACAACGUUCAGUUUGCUAUAAAUUGUUACUGGAGUAACACUGAGGGAGGAGGAAACCAUACACAUCACGUUUCAGGAUAUACGCAAACAACCGGACAAAGUAAAGAAUACAUGCCACCUUACAUGACAGUUUACGCAUGGUAUAGAAUUGCUUAG